GAUGGUGGCGGCGUGAGGCGGCGGGGCCGGCGGCUGCUCCUGCCCUCCGCGCGGCCCGGGCCGGGCAUGGAAGUGGAGAAGAUGGAUGAGAAUGAAUGGAAGUACCACGGGGAAGGCAACCAGAGCCUCGUCGUCUCACACUGCCAGCGCUGUGUGGUGCUGCGGUUUCUCAAGUCCCCCCCCAACCAGAAUAAGACUCCAGAGGAAAUACUACAGCAUCUGCAAAACAUUGUAGACUUUGGAAAACAUGUGAUGAAGCAGUUCUUUGGGGAGAACUACGUUCACCAUGGGGAAAUUAUUCAACUGCCUUUAGACUUUGUAAGACAGCUCUGUUUGAAAAUCCAGCCAGAGAGGCCAGAGUGUCGCUGUGACAAGGACAUGGACACGCUCAGCGGUUACGCCAUGUGCCUUCCCAACCUGACGCGGCUGCAGACCUUCCGCUUCGCCGAGCACCGGCCCAUCCUCUGCAUCGAGAUCAAGCCAAAGUGUGGCUUCAUUCCUUUUUCCAGCCAUGUUUCACAGGAGAUAAAGCACAAGGUGUGUCGUUACUGUAUGCAUCAGCAUCUAAAGGUAGCCAAUGGAAAAUGGAAACGACCAAGUAAAUAUUGCCCAUUGGAUCUCUUCUCAGGAAAUAAACAAAGAAUGCACUUUGCUUUGAAGAGCUUAUUACAGGAGGCACAGAACAACUUGAAAAUAUUUAAGAAUGGGGAACUAAUUUAUGGCUGUAAGGAUGACCAGGACUGUGUCUCUGACUGGAACGAACUUGCUCGUCACUUAAAACCUUUCUUUUUCCCUUCCAACGGGCUGGUCAGUGGCCCCCACUGCACAAGGACAAUUGUGAAGGAAUUAAUUCACGUGAUAACCAUGGCGCUGUUGAGUAGCACCGACACCUGCAGGGCAGGUGACAUGAAGACAGUUCCCAUUUCACAAGGCAGAAGCUACUGUGAAGCAAGUGCUUUUAAUAAGGAGCUAGUAAGAAAUGGUAAACAUAAAUUGGAAAGCUCUGGUUUACCGAGGGGUUGUCUCCUUUAUAAAACCCUUCAAGCUCAGAUGCUUGACAUGCUGGAUAUUGAAGGACUCUAUCCUUUGUACAGUAGAGUUGAACAGUACUUGGAGGAAUUUCCUGAGGAGAGAAGUACAUUACAGAUAGAUGGACCUUACAAUGAAGCAUUUUACGAGAAGCUGCUGGACCUUUCCCUGGAAGAUGACGGGACAGUGGCGUUUGCAUUAACAAAGGUGCAGCAGUACAGAAUAGCAAUGACUGCUAAAGACUGCUCCAUCAUGAUUGCCCUUUCCACCUGCCUGCAAGAUGAAUGCUCUGAGCAAAGACCUGUGGUACUGACAUCCAAAUCCAGAUUCACUUUCUCUGUUUCUGUGCUGGACCUAGACCUGAAGCCCUAUGAAAGCAUCCCCCACCAGUACAAACUCGAUGGCGAAAUAGUCAACUAUUACCUGAAGAAUGUACAGGCCAAAGAUGACCCAGUUAUGUCCAACCUCUUUAAGGAGAAUGAAGACUGCACAUUAGUUCUUCAUAAAGUGUAGCCAGUCCCUUAAGGUUAUUUUUAUUCGUACACAUGAGAAAGUGAAAGAUGAUUGGAAUACAGUUAUGGUGAUUUUUUUUUCCUUUUCCUUUGUGUUCAGUGCAUUUUUCAGCUGUGAAUGUUUUUGCUUUAUGAAAUGAUUUCUAAUGGGUAAUGCCUUCUCAGAGACCUGGGAUAGCACUAAGCCACAUGUUUGCUAGAUAACCUUAAUGAAUGUAUUUAAUGUGACAGAACAGGUAACGUGCCAUACCUUGGAACUAGAGGACAUAGCAAAUUAAUACAAAAAGUCUACUUCCUUAGAAUUGAAAGAGCACAGAAUGAAAGGUUUCCUGAAGUAUUGCACUAACAUAUAAAGCCUAAUUACUAACAAGAGAUUUGCCUUGGAGCCUGUGCUUUGAGUCUCCCGCAUCCCUACUAAAGGAGGGAAUGCUCUGGCAGAACCUGUACAACACUUUAGCAUUAAUCCACUGAAAACACACCCAUGCAGUGGCUGAUCUGUGGCACUGCCCCGGCACUGCAGAACAUUGAAGUACUAAUGCAUGGACUAGGAACACCAGGCUGCCUCCAGAAGUUGUGUGAUCACCUCGUAUCUACCUAAAGCUUCUGAAACACAGUGCAAAGGGUUAAGGUAAGCAACCUUGAGUUUUACAUGACAGUUUGGCUUAACUCACCUGCCGUGCUGGUUUUUAUUGUCUCUGUACCUUAUAUGCUGCUAUUGGAGGUGAAACCACAGCUUCCUCUUGCCUAAUUUAAAUUGAGCUGUAAGAGUAAUACGUUCUGAGUUUUACAGAUCAUUUCAGAUCUUUCACAUAGCGUCAAAUUUUGGCACUGUUACACUGAUGCCCCCUACGCUGCAUAGCAUGAGCAGCUGCUUUAAAUGACGCAGGGAAAAGGUGACAGAAUCCCGUUUUCUUCCCUGCAGCUGCAGUGGGUCAGUCUCAUGGCAGGGUGAGCUUGUGUCAGUGCUGCAUGAGCCCUGCUCCGUGCAGCUGAAGGCUGGGGAGGUGCUGCAGUUUGAACUGAAGGGUACGAUGAUAAAAUCUACAGCUCCUUUUCCCUCAAGGAUUAUGCCCCCUGAGUGGUGCAGAGAUGAACACAGCCUGUACUUUUACCAGUAAUGGUGUUUAGAGUCAUGCAGCUUAACUCCUAAAACCAGAUUUAUAUUGGGACCUCAGUGUAACAUUUGAACUGUUCCACUUUACCUGAAAUUUAAAAAUAGGAUGCCCCUGUACCUUGGUACAACUCAGGAAAUGUGAAUCACAGAGCCACCACUGCCCCUGUGGCAGAGAUGUGCGCUGCCAUCCAGUGCCAGGAGCCCUUCUGGGGCAGAGCCUGAGCUGUGAGACUACAACAGCGCAGCAACCUGGCAGGAAUAACCCCUUCUUCCCAAAGAAAACCUGGAGGGACAGAGCUACUUAUAAAACAAGAAACCCUCCAGCUAUUAGAAAGAGGAGAAAGGAAGGACCCUGCACAGCUGGGAAGUUUCCAGGAUUUUAUGCCGUAACUUUACACACAUUUCCUAUGCACACAGCAGUGUCUGUGCUGAGCAAACAGUUUUGUUUUCGGGCAAGGAGGAGGGAGCGAAAGAUGAACUGAAUGAAAGGUUACACCAAACCAGCUCAACCAGUUCCAUGUCAGUGGAGAAGUAGGAAUGAAUUUUGCCUGUGUACUGGAUUCCAAACUUGAAAUGAGCCUGCCUUAUCUAACAAGACGGAGUUGCCAUUCAUCAGAACCCAAUCUCUGGUGUUCAGCUGUCGAGUCUGGCACAAACCAGGCUCCAGUCUGUCAGUUUUUCCUAAGCUACCAGAACAGUGGGAGACCAUUUCAGUGAUCAAACAGUGGAUUAUUACAUUUAUGGGGUUAGAAACAUUACUGUUGCUUCUACCUCUUUGUGCAUUGCUGCCUGGGUGGGUGGUUGUGCUGCCAGGGGCUGCAGCAGCUCUGGCCGUGGAAAGGAAGGCUCCUCCUGUUACAUGAGAGCCCAGAGCUGCUGGGUUUGGGCUCUUGGUUCCUCCCCACCUGAGAAGUACCUGACUUCCAGUCACAUCAGUUUGGUCGGGGUGCAGUGCUAGUGCAGAGCAGGAACUCCUGGAAACACUACGAGGUCCCAGAUGGGCUCAUGGCACAUCUGAUGGAAGUAAAGGGAGAGGCAAGACAUUGGCCUGAUCUGUUUUGGUUCUUCAGGGUUGAAUGUGUGAAAGGUGAUGCUUUGGUAAUGUGUCACCUCCUGGAAGUCAGAAAUGCAAAGGAAGUGCUGCAGUGGGCAGGAGGUGUUCGCUCACCUGUUCCCAGGGCUGUCAUGGGCCUCUCUGGGUUAGGUUAACACUGUCUCAACACUCACAUUGUGGAACAAAGUUACUUCAUACAGUUACCUUUGGGUUUUUUAGCAUUGUAUGUCUUUGAGAUCUUCAAAUUGUCUUCUUCCACCCUAAUUUAACGAGAAAGCUGUUUAAUUCUUUGUUCUAGGAGUCUCUUACUGUUCUCUUGUCAUUUUAAAAUCACUGUACUUUUACAGAGCUGUGAAAUGAAAUGGGUUUUUAUGGACUUGAUUUUGACAGUGCAUGAUCUUUUAACAAUUUCCAAGUAUGUAGAAAAUGUUAAGAAGAUAAACCACUCUGGUACAUUGAUGAUUCAGAAAGAUAAAUUUAUAAUGAAAUCCCUCUGUACAUGUAACUAUUUUAUUUGGCAUUUUUGUAUUUAAAUGGCUGUAUUUAUUUUCAUGUCAUGACAAUUUAUAUAUAACGUGCCAUAAUUGUACAGAUAGCAUGUUUUAUGAGUAUGGUUUCUAAAUGGAAAAUAACUUAAUGUUUAUAUUCAAUAAAAUUAUAGACCGUGUAACACAAUAUCUUAAUUAAAACUACUUUUGAACUUGC